GAGACGAGAGGAGCGAUGGCUGAGCUCAGAUGGAUUAAAGCCUCUUGGUUUCUGGUUCUGGUGCUUCAGUUUACAGCAGCAGCAACAGGACAACAUUACCUCUCCUUCACUGUCAGAGAUGGAGAUGAAGUCUCUUUGCCUUGUUUCAAUGUGAUGGAUGAUCAUAAGAACUGUAACUCUACUGUUUGGAUCUUUGAUGAUUUCAAGAGUCCAGUAGCAGUAUUUCUGGUUAAAGAUGGGCAGAUUGAUGCUGAAGCCAAAGAUAAAUCAGACAGACUGAGUGUUUCAGAGAAUUGUUCUCUUGUUAUAAAGAAGGUCACCGAUGAAGAUGUUGGUCAUUAUGCGUGCAUACAGUACAGAUCAGGACACCAACAAGUUCAAGAUGCUCUGGUUAUUCUGUCUGUUGUGACCAUGACUGAACACAAGGACUCUGAGGAGGUGACGCUGAUCUGCUCUGUGUCCACAUAUAGAACACUAUGUAGACACAGAGUGAAGUGGCUGAUUCAAGGUCCAGAUAUCAUAAACACGACAACAUCCCAGUCUCCUUGCUCGGCCAAUUUGUCCUUUUCAGCUUCUCAUUUCCUUCCGAUGAUUUCCGAGUUGCUCCAGUGUGAAGUGACUGACAGUACCACUGGAGAGGUGGAGGUGUUUCCCUUCAGCCCGCCUCCGUCCUCAGGUGAAGAUCCAACAACAACAACAACAACAACAGUUUGGUCCGUCCUGGACUGCUGCAUGCUGGUUCUCCGCUUGGCUGAACUCCUGCUGGUGACUGUGGUUGUUGUUCUCCUCGUCAGAGCUGGGGGGAACCGGAGACCACGUGAUCCCAACACCGUGCCCGGUGAUGGAGGCGGCCAUGAAGGCGCCGUGAACUAUGAAAACGUGGGCGGCCCUUCUGUUUCUGUCCGGCUCCCCUGAACGACGGCCUCCACAGCCCACGUCGCCUCAGCAGAGAGAUGCUCCCCUGCAGUUACACGUCUGUUAUUUGCAAGUUGAGGAACUGAUCAACUAAAUUCUCACCAUGCAGCCUGAUAUUAAAGCAUCGUUUCAUCUCAUUUAAAGAAGCAUUUAAAACAACGUUUAAUUUGUUCCUGCAUCAGAAAAUCUUAUGUUUUUAAGAAUUCUUCCACUUCGAUUUGGGCCUGUAGAUUUCUUUCCGAUUGAUUUUUAAAAUUUGUAAGUAGAUUAGCAUGAACUCACUCUCAUGCAGAAUAACUCAUUUUAAUUCACUUUGAUGUGGAAUUGUUGAUUGGAAUACAAUGUGUUUUUGCUAAUGUUAUGCUAAUGCUAAUGCUAGGUUUGAGCUUUGUUUCUUAAUGGCGUCAGUAACAGCGUCGUCUUCAUUAUAACUGCUCGUCAAAUAUUAAAUUAUUCUAUUUCAUUGAAA